CUUUACCUACGGUCGGCUGAAUGAGUAACAAAACAAACGACAGGGAAAUUCUGACUAACAAUUUUUAUUUUGGGUCAAAAACAGAAAGUCUUUACUUACGGACUAGUGUCUUGUAUGAGGGAAAACAAUGUUUCUGACGAUCAUAAUUGUGAUUUUCAUUCUUGUCAUCAUCUGGAUUUUGGACAAGACGUGCUGGCAGACGCCGGCGCUGUUCUACAAACGCACGCCAUUCACCGACUACAUCGUUGAGAAAGUGCAACGUCUCUCCGCACCAUACAAAGCCACUUUCUGGUUGAGCCACAACCGCCAUUUUCACACUAUAACCGCAACACGCUUAAGAAAACAUAUCAGUAAAAUACAAAUCAGCAGACAAUAUCUAGAACUCCAAGACGGAGGGGUUGUAGCCUUGGAUUGGUCCAAACCGGAUACGCUUGAUGACUGUCGACCAAUCCUGAUCAUUCUUUCAGGAAUCGAAGGCAACAUCAAGCUGACGUCAUUUGUUUGCGCCAAGGCUGCAGAACUGGGUUACCGCACUGUUGUCUUCAACCGGCGUGGUCACGGCGGCAGCUAUUUAACCACACCGAAGCUACAAAGUUUCGGCGAUCCUUCGGAUUUUAAACACGUCGUUGAGUUCGUGCGGAAAAUAUACCCACAGUCAAACCUCCUGGGCCUCUCGUUCAGCGCUGGGGGUGGUAUUCUGAUGUCAUACUUGGGUGAGGAGGGAGAACGUGCCCAGCUGACGGCGGCAGUGCUUAUCUCUCCUGGCUUCAGCCCUCUAGAACAGUCCACGUGCUUCCACUGGCUCUACGAGACACUGAUAGUCAGGAGUCUGAAGAGAAUAGUCCACCAGCACUCUCACGUGAUAUCUCCCCAUAUCGACGUGAAUUCGGUCCUCAAGGCCAAAUCCAUCACAGAGUUUGACAAAAACGUUUACUGCAAAUUUUACAACCACGACAAUGUCGAGGAAUACUGGAGUCACAACGACCCGAUGCGCAAUCACUCCAAAAUGACAAUUCCUGUGCUGUUUCUGUGCAGUCUUGACGAUCCAGUUCUGUCGGCGGAAUUUAUUCCAUAUGACGUCAUAUCGGAACAUUCUGAUUGGAUAAUGGCGACGGUAGAUAGGGGAGGUCACUGCGCCUUUCGUGAAGGAAUAAAUGCUGAACCGUGGGCGGAAUGUGUGGCUUUAGAAUAUUUAGACGCUGUAUUAAAAUAUGAAAUAAAAUAACAAAUACUUGUCCUGAAUAGAGUUUUAUUACAUACCUCUUCAAUCUUACUAUAGUGACAGAGACAUUUUGAAACUGUGUGAUAAAUUUAACCGGAGCUUUUAAAUGAGGAAUUUUCGCUAUGAGGUCUCGUGAUAUAUAUUCUUGCGCAGAAUAAACUCGUGCAAUAAAUAGGAAGUGAAAACAAUAUGUGAAGUUCUGUAUAUUUAUUUUAUUAAACAUAAUAAUGUGUGAUACAAAAUCACGCAUGCAUAGUAUAGAGGGUUACGCGUCAUUCUAGAUUACCCACGAUCCAUAGCGGUCGGCCAUGCUGGAAGGCAUCGACAUCUAAUAAUAGCUAGACCUACUUGUCGAAUCUUUUUGUUAGAUUUCGUUCGUCCUGAACCAACAUAAUGCCGACUACUUGCGGCAUUGUCAGUUGUAAUGCCCGCUACGGGAGAGACAAAAUAAAGGAUUUUUUAAAAUUA